CGGAAGUAGUUAAAAAAGUUUGAGUCAACUCCCGCUCUCCGGUUAACUGCUGUCAUGUUACCAUAACAAUGGACAGAAGCAAAUUGGACAAAAUAAUUACACGUUUCCAGGCGCAUGCGCGCGGAUACCUCACGAGAACCGAAGUGCGACGCGCGGGUGAGGACUUUGAGGAGAUCGUAAGGGAGAUAGAAGGAGAUCUGACCCAUUUAAGGUGGACUGAUACGACCUUAUCCAUCCCACACUUUACAGACACAGAUGGAGAAUGUCUUCAACCUGCUAGACGUUUACUGAAGCCACCAGAUCCAGAACUGGACGUCAGCACUUCCCUGAGUCCAGAUUCCCUGGAUGAGGAGGGACAGGAGCUCUGUGUCCAACCAGAGAGGAAAGAAGCUGAAAGGGAGGAUUGGUCCAGUAUUCCUCUCAGAUGUGAUGGAGGGAUGAUGGAGAGCACAAGAAGGUCCUCCAUCGUCUGGAGCAGUCCAGAGCCGGACAAUAAUGUUUACCCUCAGAAAGGUUUUCAGCGGUACUGUCUGGCGCAGGAAGUGCCCCGAACGUCAGACGCGCUGCGUCUCCAUAGAAACACUUUGACCAUGGAGCUGGUCUGGCUUCAACAAGCUAUUGACAGCAGGAAGAAGUACCUAUCACUGAAGGACAGACUUCACAACGCUGAACUUUUGGCUCCUGACCCACUCUAAUUAUCAUCUGGGUUGAAAAUUAUUUGUAUUUAUUAUUUAUGAUGUAAUAUAUAAUGUAGUGCAUUUAAAACAUGCAUGUAAAAGUAAAUAAAUUGUAUUUUUCU